AUCCGUCUCUCUUCUUCUCUAUCUUACCCUAAAGUUUAUUCCUUUUUUUUUCUGAUUGAUUGCAAAAGAGGUUUUCCGGGUUUUAGGGUUUUUGUUCUUCUUCUUUCUUCUGAUCACGUUUUUUUUGCUCGACUUGUGAAAUUUCUCUUUUCCCACGUUUUGGGUUUCGAAGUUUUGUAAGUUGGCUUCUUUCUCUGCGAAAAUUCGUUGAUUUUUGUGAUAAAGUUUGUAUCUUUUAGCAAGUUUAUCACGAGCUUAAAUCCUUCAAUUUUCAGCUUUUGGUGUUAAAUUUCAGUUCUUUUGUUGUGUUUGGUUAAUUGAAGACCCUAGUUGAUUUUAAGAAGCAAUCAGCUGUUACUUUAAGCAUCUGGAAACUUGAAUUUUGAACAAACACAAGAACGUUGUUGGAUUUGGAGAAACAAUGGAUUUUAAAGGUAUAAAAUGGGUUGGGAAUGUGUAUCAGAAGUUUGAAGCAAUGUGCUUAGAGGUUGAAGAAAUUAUUGUGCAGGACACAGCAAAAUAUGUUGAGAAUCAAGUUCAGACUGUUGGUAACAGUGUCAAGAAAUUCUGUUCAGAUGUGGUUCAAGACUUGCUUCCUGAUGACUCUGUAGAUUCGGGAAAACCUUUGCCCGUUUCUAUGUUACAUGAAUACGCUCCUGUUUGUUCUUUCAAAAAGAAAAGAGAUAGUAUGAACCGAAAAACCAGAGAUGUGAAACAAGAACAAGAGGUAACUGAAGGGAAGAAGGAUGGAUGUGCACAGAAAUUCCGUGGUCUUGAUGCAGAUGAUUACGAUAUCUGUACGUCUCCAAGGCAGUAUAGUUAUGGAGGUCCAUAUAGAAGAACAAGAGUCGGCCGCAAACAGAUAUUUAAAAAAGAGGAGCUUUCCCAAGUCACCAGGCCUUAUAUGCAGAAAGACUCGAGUAGUUUAUCAAUGGUUCAUAGUGCUCGUGUCAAAGAUGAUGUCGGAACUGUAAACUCAAGUAGUUUAUCUAUGGUUCAUAGUGCUCGUGUCAAAGAUGAUGUUGGAACUGUAAACUCAAGUAGUUUAACAAUGGUUCAUAGUGCUCGUAUCAAAGAUGAUGUUGGAACUGUAAAGUCAAGUGAUUCUCCUCCAGGUGAAGUAGAAAAACUCAUCUAUAAAAAGGAAUGUCAGAAAGACGAUAAAACCAAAAAUCAACAGAGUCUGACAGUGGUUAAUUCUGUUAAAAGGAAUGAUUCAGAGAUUAGAAUCGACAAUGAACAUGGUCUUAUGGGGGAUAGUAGUCAAGAUUCGGAGAUUCAACCAUCUGUUGCCACUAGCUUAGCUGCAGGAUCUGAUGAUUGCAGAAAGGAAACCAACGUGGAUACAAAAACAAGUUCGAGUUCUGUCUCAGAGCAGAAGUCAGAGAUUCUCCAACCUCUUAGUGGAAGAUCAGUUGAAGAAAGCUGUAUACUCGUGGAUAGAGACGAAUUUCAUUGUGUGUUUCCUGACAAGAUGGAGAAUGACAAACAUAAACCUUACAAGAAGAUCCGAGACGCUAUAUCUUCAAGAAUGAAGCAAAACAGAGAAAAAGAAUACAAGCGACUUGCGCGUCAAUGGUACGCAGAAGAUGUUGAAAAUGGAAGAGAAUGUGGCGAUGAUCCGAAACCAUUAGAGGAAAACCAAUCACCAGAAGAAUCUGAAUGGGAGCUUCUGUAAAAUGUUAAAUGGUAAAAGAGAACAUAGCUCUCAUCUCUCUUUGUACAUAAAGAAUGUAUUAAGCAAAACAUCCGAUAAGAAGCAGCUUAAAAGGCUUCCUCUGCUUACAUAAUAAAUAAGGCUCUUAUAUUUAUCAAAUUUUUGUCUAACUUUUUUUUU